AGUUAUUCAAUUUGCUGAGUGCAUAAUCGUGAAAAGAUGAAGGGAGAAAACAUUCUAUUUUCUGCUCUACUCUUAUUUGAAGCUUUUUCAUCUAAAUCUGCUGCUCAGGAUGAAAAUCUGCAGUCAUGUAACAAGAUUUGCAAAUGUGAUUGCAAGAAUGGACCCAGCACAGUUUGGGGAACGACACCGGGGUCCUCAAUGCUGGAAUGCAUACCUGAGUGUCCUUAUCACCGAGCUCUUGGGUUUGAAUCUGGGGCUGUAAUGGAAGACCAAGUAAGCUGUUCCAAUGAAGAUCAAUAUACAGGAUGGUAUUCCUCAUGGAUGCCAAACAAGGCAAGAAUCAACAGUCAAGGUUUUGGGUGUGCAUGGCUGUCAAGGUAUCAAGAUAAUCAGCAAUGGCUUCAGAUUGACCUGAAGAUGAUCAGAGUUAUUUCUGGAAUCAUUACUCAAGGACGAUGUGAUGCUGAUGAAUGGAUGACAAAGUACAGUGUUCAGUACAGAUCUGAUGAAAAUUUUAAUUGGGUUUACUAUAAAGACCAGACUGGAAACAACCGGGUAUUUUAUGGAAACUCAGACAGGACAUCAUCUGUGCAGAAUUUUCUGCGCCCUCCAAUUGUUGCUCAAUAUAUCAGGAUUAAGCCCUUAGGCUGGCAUGUCCGGAUUGCUAUCAGAAUGGAGCUGCUUGAAUGCAUGAAUAAAUGCCAGUCAUAAACAUGCUGAUAUCAAUUAAGGGAUAGCAUGUCCAUUGAAAAAAUGCAGACUAUUGUCAAAAGUAAUGACAUAGCUGAAAACGUUAUGUAACUUAUACCUCAUGGUUUCUUUAAACUUCUAAAACAAAAUUCACUCAUAAUCCUGGCAAUUUAUAUCCAGUAAUAUAGAGGUAAGAGCUUAUUAGUCCUUUUGAUUGCAGUGAAAAGCUGCCUGUAAUGCAAUUAAACAACUUCUGCACGUAGUGAGCAAUCAUAUUUUUUCUAGCCCUAUAGAAUCACUUUGGAUGCAAUUCAGAAACAACUGGAUGUUCAUUUAUCUCAGUUCACAUUGGCCUGAAUUAGCUCCAUCUUCCAAAACACUGAAUUCAAGAUCUUUCCUACAAUUCCCUUGUGGCCUCAAUUCUCAGUAUCUCUGCAACUUCACGGGUCAGAUUGUCUGCUUCCUGAAAUCUUCAUCCAUUCAUCCAAGCUCCAGACUAAGCUCUGAGUCUUCAUUUUUCUCUCCAAUCUUGCAUCCUCCACUAUUCCACAGCUUUCAGCUUUUUUUUGGCUGUAGUUUCUGGGUUUCUGCCAAUAUCUUCCAGAUCAAACCUCAAGUUUUUCAUCUCUUCAUGACUUUACAGGUUAAACAUAUAUCGUUACAACUGCAUCAAUGCAGUUUCCUAAUUAUUUGUCUGCCUAGCAUCUGAAACCCUUAUGUAAUUCAACAUUGCCCACAAAAUAUAGGUGGAAGCUUCCAACCAGCAAAUGAGACUGUCAACUGAUGUCUGGGUUGGACUUGAACUCAGAUUAAACAACCACACCAAGUGUUCCAUCAACUACUCCGACCACAAUUCAACAAUGUCAAAAGAUUCCAAACACCAGAAAUACUCAAAAGUUCAGGAUGCAUUUGCAAAGAUUGCAGAUGGUUGAUUUUUGUAGUCUUUAAACUCAGGUUUCUAUCUUUCACCAACCUAUAUUCAAUUCUCACAAGAAUAAUGGACUCUAAAGUCACAGCUCUAAGGAUGUUAUAAAUCUAAAAUGGAAGUUUAAAAAGCUAGAAAUACUUAAUUCAGGAAUCAACUGUGGACCGAGAUAAUGUUUUGGGUCAAAACAACCUUUCAACAUCCACAAACACUGUCUCAAUAGCUGAGCAUUUGCAAUUUUUCUUAUUUUUAGAGUAAUAGACUCUAAGUGGCCCCAAAAACAGUUUUUCGUAGCUAAUGUAGAGGAUGAAGAAUGCACCAGAAUCUUUGCUUUACUCAUAUUUAGAGGGCUACAAUUAAAGAGAUACAGAAGAUUCAUGUUAGGCAGAAUAAAAGAAUGAACUUUCCUUCGAGAUACAAUCUAUGCUCAUGGAAUAUUUGCAACUUUCAGGAAACAGAAUGUUUUUGAUAGAUGCUAUAAGUACUUUCCAAAUUUAUCCCCAACCACUGACAUGUUAAGAUUUAAUACUUCUUAUAAAGAAAUUAGGAUCUAUAUCUAUCACAUGCCCUGCCUAAAGGCAAUAUUUCCAUAAUCUUCCAUUAAUUUUUAUGUCAUACAAUCAAGUUUAAGUAGCUUUCCCCACUCGACAGAUGAUUAAACAAAAUAUUAAUGACGAAUCAGGAACUCAACAUUUUAGUGCAAAAAUUUGCAUUUUUAUAAAGACAUGUUUUACAAGGUCCAUUCAAAAAUACAUUGUGCUUAGUAAAAAUUAACCAUUUCAUGCCAAUAUUCAGUGACAACUCAAACAGUAUGAUUAAAAUUUACAAAAUAGCUGUACAUACAGAUGGAAAACACACUAUAAGGAUUGAAUAUACAAACAUAUAAAUGUUAUAUAAACAAUUUACAAAUGCUUUAUACUUUGCAAUCAUUAAAAAAGGGAAAAACUGCAAUAAAGGGAAACAAAACAUACAUGUAACUAUGUGAGAAACUACAAAUGUUGUCAAAGAAUCCUGGAAAACAAGGACUUCACGUGAGCAGAGACCUGAAUACUUGAAAAUAUGUGCACAUUUUUAGAAAAAGUGCAUAACUGCCUAAAAUAUAAUUUCAGUUAUGACUAUAGGCAUUAAACACUUGUCAGAAUUACAUAUAUACUCUCAAGUCAACUUUUUCCCCAUAUUUUUGUACACCUGUAAUAUUGUCUUAUCAGAAAUAUAUUCAAUAGCAAUGUGCAUUUAUUAGGCUUUCCCCUGUUAAUAAGUACCCUAACCACAAUUUCUAAUCCUGUAGAUAUGUAUUAAGAUUUAGCAGAGAAUACAUAUGUUUUACACCCAUUCAAACCUGUAUUGAGUAAAAGUAUUGAGAUCUGCAUGCAUAAAACACAUCUUUAGACAAAUAUAUACAUUAACACUAAUCACACCUGCUGGUUUAUAUUCUGCUGAAUUAUUUGGACCCUGGGUUUAUAAUCAAUGAGCAUUAUAUAAAAGCUGUUUUAAAAAUGUGGCAUAAAAGUAUCAGCAUUUUAGUUGUUUUUUGUAACAACUUCUUUUUUUCCUCUAAGUUUUAACAUUGAAAAUUGACCUUUCCAUGUAAGGUUUGAUAAGAGGAAGUGUGCAGAUAUUUAAAAAAAUUAUAACACUGAAAGUAACAGGAAGUGAAAUUUUAAACUUAAAAUUCUGCAGAAUAUAACAGCAGCCUGUUUCAAACUUAAUGCCUGUUUUACAUUGAAGCUGUUGAAGACAUUGAAAUCUGUAACUGAUCACAUUAAUACUGAACCUGACCAUCUGACCUUUGUGUGCGAUGACAUUCAAAAACACAAAUUUGACAAAUCAAAAUGUGACACUUGUCGUAAUACAUAUAAAGCACAUUUCAAAAUGGGAAUUUGUGUCAAUGUUGUUCACAAGAAAUGGAAACUUCCUAUCAACGACAAUGUCAAUGGUAAAAACCACUCAAUACCUGCUCACUGAAGGUAAUAUUAAAACGUCCCCUCUUCUGAAUAUUCUAGCUCAUGAAAGUAUCAUGUUCAUCAAUAGCUUUCAUAUAAAUAUUCAUUAAAAAUUAUUCAUCUCCGCAGUACUUUGAACACAUGACAUAGAAGACUUUGUGAGAAGUAUAGUCAGUGAGAAGUCAAGGCAGCUUGACUAGCCAGAUCAUGUAAUAAUCAUAAAAGAAGAAUAUUAGUCAGCAGCAGGAAGGAACAGAAAUGUCUAGCAAGAUUGCUAAGUAUUGGUAUAACUGCAAGAAAAACCAUGUCACAAAACAGUCUUGCCUGGAAAAGAUGUUGAUACAGAAGUUGCAGAAAUCUCUCAAAUCAGGCAAGGUACCAGUGAAAGACAUCUUACAAUAGUGCAAAUUUAGCUGCAAACCAACAAGGCACUAUUUUCAUGGAAAAGUAUUGUGUAAUGUAAUUAGUUAAACAUGCAUUUUGCAUAAGUGUCUGCAUGCCACAAAUUUAGUGCCUUUUGCCAAUGGGAUAUUUGGAAUAUAUGAAUCUUGAGAUUACUAAAUUAUUUUGAGCUAUUGCAAGGCUUGGAAUGAAGUUACAAAUCAAAUCUCAUUCGUAAAGACUGUUGUGAUUUGGUGGGAACACUACCUUUACCAUUUAUUAAAAAAAGGCAGAUAUACGACUGGUUUUGAAAAACCUAUUUAUUAAUGGAGUCCACAAUGUCAUAAAAUAUGCUUAAAAUCUAGUGUACAUUUUUGCUGCUACUGACUCAUCAUUUAUUAAUGGGCGAGUUACAGAGAGUAUGUAAUUUUUAUCAUUCAUUUGAUGAGUUUGCUUCAGAAUAAUGGAACCCAUUCCUAGUAGGAGGGCAGCAAGGUCAAAUUCAUGUUGCCACCAACACUCUUAGCUAAACAGCAGAAACCUUAAUAACAUGUCAACUACGUAUUCUGUACUUUUGUUUUUUCUAUAAAUGCAGAAGUUUAAUUUGGUCAGCUGAAUAUGUAAUUAUUGUUUGUAAACACUGCAAAAUUUCCUUGAUGAAUCUCAGUCACAGUUUUUCUUCAAUAACUGGCUUCAUGCCCAACUGGAAAAUUGAUGACAUAUUGUAUAAUUUGUGACAAUUACAAUUAAACUUUCUAAAAGGGAUUAAGACUGGGGAAUGAGAAUCAAACAUAGUCACAAUCUCAUGAAUGAUUGGUUACUGAAACUGCUGUAAACUUGCUUGGACAACUUGAGGGUUUCAAUGAAUAAGUUUAGUUUGUUACACUCCUCUCCUGUCAUGCAUCUAAUUUGCAUAUUCGAGGGAAAAACAGAUGUCAAAAAAUAAAAGUGGCAUACCUUUAUACAGAUUUAUUGGUUGUUCCUACAUUGGCACUUAAUCAAGAUGAUAUUAUAGUCUAAAACAGAAAAUGUGAAGUAAAAAGCAAAUCCUUAGACUCUGCUCAAGAUCUGAAUUUAACUAUUUCAUUUAAAAAUCAUAAAAAGGUGACUUUGGUCACUUGUGCAUGAUGCAGGAUGAAUUACAAAUCUGAUUAAGGUCUAAGUGCUUGCCCAUUUUGAAGGCCAGAUUUAAACCAGGAUUUUGUAUAAACCUGUAUUUUUUCUUUGUUGCGACUGUUUUCUGUUUUGGAAAAAAAAGUGUAUAUUUCUGUUUGAGGGAUCAUUGCACAAGGGAAGGUUAACAUUAAAAAGCAAACAGGCACAAGAUAAGGCACAGGCAAAAGAUGCAGGUGUCAGAUGCUGGAAAUGCAAAAUUACAUGAAAAUAACGUCUUCUAACAUAACAGAACACAACCUACAAUAAAGUAAAUAUAAGCACGAUCAUAAUCCAGCAAAAAUAAAAUUUUGAUGUGGUGCAAUUUUUCCUGUCAGAGAAGACAAAUUCUGAGGGUCAUGACUUAUUUUUCUGCCUGCUGGACUUGAGUUCCCACAGAAAAUUAUGUGUGGCUGACAGCGAAGAUGGCAUUCUCCUGCUUUGAAGGUGUGCCCAAUUUUCACCAAAUACAUACGUACCAGUCAUUUGAAGAGCAUGUUUAUAAGAAGACAUGAUGGUCAGCAUAUACAUCAGCUGGAAUAAUGACCACACAGUCUAAAACCCUUAGUUGAAACCAAAGUCUGCUUUCUUGGCAACUUCAUAAGGAAUUCCUAAUGAGGCAGAUGCAGAUUGAUCUACAGGGAAGAUUAAAAUUUCACAUUUUAUGCUCUAAGUGUCAGAGCAAUAAUUACCAAACUAAUGGUAAGCCUAGUUUCAAUCCUGGUACAUGGCCAGCUGCCACUGCUCACAGUCACCAUCAGUGAAAUAUUUGGAUGCUCAAGGGCAUGAGUGUACCAUAUGUACAACCACUGUAUCAAUAUAUCCUCCUGAGGAAGCACUGAAUGCACUACUACUUCAAUCUAUCAUCAUGCAAAAUUAUUUGAGGGUGGAAAAAAAUGGAACUAGUUUAGUGCAGCUAUAUCAAAAAACUCAGCGGUCAUGGUGAUAAUGAAGAACACAAAAUUCAUGGGGGUGAAGAACAUAAAGCAACUUUAAAAAAAACUAUGAUAUUACUGAAAAAUGCCUGCCAGAAGAUCUAGAUGUUGUAAAAUUGAUUCCAGCUGUACUUUUGCAGUUUAUAUAAUUUGAGUCGAGUGCAUUUGAACAUUUAUUCUGUAUACAAUAUAUACCUAGUUCACUACUUACCACAAAACACAGUAAACUAAAAUCAAAUAUCCCUACAGUUCAAUUUACCCAUUUCAAGCCAUAUGAUUUGUUCGAAGCAGAGUCUUCACAUUAUCCAAAAGAAUGAAAAUGAUAUAAUCUCAAUUGCAUAUAUUGCAAAAUAACAGGCCUGAUUGUGGUCCAAUACUACAUCUUACAUUGAUAAACCACUUGAGCUUUGCAUUUCUGUUAAUGACAGGUUACAAUUUUCUAACAAUUUGUUAUUUGUUAUUUUUGUAUAUCAUUUUCAUGAAGUAGUUUGUACAGAUUCUAUACUACAUACCAAAAAUAAAAUCCUUUUAUCAAACUUUGACAAGCUACUAACCACACACCAAACAUAAUUACCAGUAUAUUUGCUGAAAUACUACUAAUCAUAUGCCUAAAUAUAAUGCAAAUUACAGUUUGAGGAAGAAAGUGUACAAAAUGCCUGAAAAGCAUCAGCAGCUUGUGAGUACAGUGUGCAUUAAGUACACAAUAACAUUGUGCUCUACGAAAUCAUGGAUAUCAGGACAAACUCCAGUUCCGACAAUGUACAAAUAUAUUAUUUGUUAUAACUACAAACUGUUUGAACUGUUACAGAAUAACCUGAACACCAUAUGAAUUGUGAGCUUUGUUAAUAAUCAAUGCAGGUGCUAGCCAUCAUUACACAGUCACUAGGUGCUGUUUUGCAAAACCUCAGUUUAAAAUAAUUUUGCGUAUUGCAUUACUGUCAUGAUGAGGAUUUUUUAAAAUUGCUUCCAACAUUACAUCAGUAAUGUUUAUUAAAGGGACCUGGUUAUUCAUCUGAUAUAGAAGUAGUAUUCAUUUUCAGAAUUAUUAAAUGAAAAAUGACUACAGUGCUGUUU